AUGUCGCAAGUUAUCGCAUUCGUGAGUGGAGCCACCGGCCAACAAGGCGGUGCCACAGCGCGUGAGCUCGUCACCACCGGAGUCCAGGUACACGCAAUAGCCCGGAACCCAUCCUCCACGUCUGCCGUGCAACUCCAGCGCCUUGGGGUGCGACUCUUCCCCGGCGACUACAACGAUCUCUCCGCCCUGAAGGCAGCGAUGGAAGGCGUGACGGCCGUCUUCCUGAACGUCUCGCCCACGCUGCCCGACACCCAAAGCGAGGUGGUCCACGCCAGAAAUAUCCUCGACGCGGCGAUCGCAUCCGGCACCGUGACCAGCAUCGUCUACUCGAGCGUGACGAUGACCGGACAGCACGAAUCGUUCCCCAACUGGGGCCCCGCGUACCCGCUGCGGUGGUACUGGGAGAACAAAGCCGCCAUCGAGGCCAUGGUGCGCGCCUCGGGACUGAAAUACUGGACGAUCCUGCGGCCCGCCUUCCUCAUGUACAACUACCACGCGCCGACGGCGGCGUACAUGUUCCCGGAACUGAUCCAGCACCGGGCCUUUCGGACGGCCUACAAGCCCGAGACGGCGAUGACGGUGCUGGCCGCCGAGGACGUGGGCAGGUUCGCCGCGGCGGCCCUCACCGACCCGCGCGCCUUCCACACCCACGAGAUCGAUUUGGGGGUGGAAUCGCUCACGCCGGCGCAGAUCGUGCGGGAGCUGCGCCGGGUCAGCGGAGUUGAUCUUGGCUUGCAAUUCUACAGUGAGGAGGAAGCGAAGGCGCUUGCAGCGACCGAUCCUAGAAUGUAUGCCCAACUGUGGACGAAUGAGGUGGGCUAUCAGGUCGAUUUCGAGGCCCUCAAGAAGUACUCGAUCCGCUUGACCGGGUUCGCGGACUACCUUGACAAACAUCGCGACGAGGUUCACGAGAUGUUCAAGUGA